AUGGCCUCGUAUAAUCCAAAUUCUGGUGAUUUUGGAGGAAUGGGAGGUAAUGGUUAUUAUAGCGGUGCUUCUAUUGAUUAUGCCGGUGCAGGUAGUGGUGGAAGUUCAUUUAUUUCAGGAUAUGAAGGUUGUAUUGCUCUUAAUAGUGAAGCUGACAAUUCUCCAAAUCCAAAUAAUUCUUCUAUCCACUAUUCAGGCAAAUAUUUUAUUAAUCCUAUAAUGAUCCAAGGAAAUAAUACUAUGCCUCUUUACACAUCAGCAUCGCCAGGAAUCGGAAAUUCAGGCCGUGGAGCAAUUCGAAUUACAGUACUUGCUAUGCAUUUAUGUACUAACAAAUGUAAUAAUAUUUUUCCUAUAUAUUUUCUUAGAAUCGGUUUAUUUUCUUUUGAUUUUCUUACUUAA